UGUUAUUUGGACCCAAAACAAGUCGGCUAUAAAGUGCCCGCAGGUGUCAAGAAGACCGACACCGGACUGGAGGCCGAUCUCCACCUCAAAGAUACGGCCAAACGUACCCUCAAAUCCAUGCCAUCCAUAGAGAGCCUCAAGUUUUCGGUCAAAUAUAUGACCGAAAAUAUACUUCGGUUCACAAUAAGAGAUCCGGCGGUCAAGCGAUACGAAGUUCCCGUUCAACAGGUGUUUAAUUUGAUGGACAGCACUGAGAGAGACGAGCAAAAGCGCAGGUAUGCCGUCGACGUCGGCACUGAUCUCAACGACUUUCAGUUUACUAUCACUCGGAAAGACACCAAAACUAAAAUUUUUGACACAUCUAUCGGAGGUCUAGUAUUUGCCGAUCAAUUCCUACAAUUGGCCACUAAUUUGGCCACAAAUAAUAUCUACGGCUUCGGCGAAAAUGUGCACCAAAGCCUACGACAUGAUAUGACUUACAAAACAUGGCCGAUGUUUACCCGAGAUAACCCUCUCGGAGAGCAUAUGAAAAAUCUCUACGGCGUUCACCCGUUCUAUACUGUACUGGAAUCGGAUGGCAAAGCGCACGGAAUACUGUUUCUCAACAGUAACGCUAUGGAUUACACACUUCUACCAGAGCCAGCUCUGUCAUUGAAAAGCAUCGGGGGUGUUUUGGACUUUUUCGUGUUUGUGGGCAAUAAUCCGGAGCACGUGAUACAGUUGUACACAUCAGUGAUCGGUCGGUCAACAAUGCCUCCCUUCUGGGGUCUGGGCUAUCAAUUGUGUCGAUACGGGUUCACUGGCACACAGAAUGUACGCGAAGUUCUCGACAGGAAUAUUAAAGAAAAAAUACCCUUGGAUGUCAUGUAUAUCGACAUCGAUUAUAUGGAUAAGUACGAGGAUUUUACGUACGAUAAGAAUAAGUUUGCCGGCCUCCCGGAGCUAUUCAAAACGAGUAUUGCCAAUAACCAUGUUCAUUGGACUCUGAUCCUGGACCCGGCCAUCGAAGCUAAUAACCCAAACUACACAACAUUUAACGAGGGUUAUAAACAGGACGUGUUUAUUAAAUGGUCUAAAGAUGUGCCGGUGAAGGACCGGCAAAACCCGUCCGGAGUGCCCACCAAUAAGGACACCAUUUACGGCAAAGUGUGGCCUUCAGGACCCGCCGCCUUCCCUGACUUUUUCAAGAAUAAAACUACAGAUUGGUGGGCGAACCAAGUAAAAGCCCUGCAUGGUGUUUUGCCUUUUGAAGCACUUUGGAUCGAUAUGAACGAUCCCUCAAGUUUUGAAUCAAAAUGUCCGAAUAAUAAAUACGAUUACCCGCUGAUUAGAUCAUCGGCCAUUUGGGGCCGACAACUGUCCGAAAAAACGAUAUGCAUGGCCAGCACUCAGGGAGAUCAGGAACAGUACCGUCAUUAUGACGUGCACUCAUUAUAUGGCUUAACCGAGACUAUUAGUACACAAAAAGCAUUACACGCAACCACUGGUAAACGUGGUUUCGUAGUGUCCCGGAGCACAUACCCCACAUCGGGCCGUUACGGCGCCCACUGGUUGGGUGACAAUAGAGCCGAAUGGAAAAUGAUGCACCACUCGGUGGUCGGUAUGCUUGAGUUUAACAUGUUUGGCGUUAGUUUCGUCGGCGCUGACAUCUGCGGCUUCAUAGGGGAGACAAAUCCGCAACUGUGCCGCCGGUGGUCACAAUUGGGCGCUUUCUACCCGUUUUCACGCAAUCAUAACGAUAGAGGUUAUAAAGAUCAGGACCCGGCCGUAUGGGUGAGCAGAGGGCACCCGGAGGUGACUGAAGCGGCCCGCACUUCACUGCAGCUUCGGUACCAAUUGUUGCACUAUUUGUAUACACUAUUCUACCGGAGCUAUGUUUAUGGCGAUACAGUCGCCCGACCCCUGUUUCACGAGUGGCCUCAGGAUAACAACACACAUAUCAUUGACACCCAGUUUAUGUGGGGCCGGGAUAUACUCAUAUCCCCUUUCCUGUUUGAGAACCAGCAACACGUGGACGCAUAUCUACCCCCCGGCGAGCGUUGGCACGAAGUGCGGCCCCAAUUGAAACUCGCGCCACAAGUCGGACACAUCACUAUUCAAGACACUCAACCCAACGGUCCGCCACCCGUCCACUUCCGGGGCGGAGCCAUUAUACCUAUGGUUACAGACUCACAACUGACCAGCACUACCGGUUCAGCUAUGAAUGAAAUAGACCUCGUUGUGGUGCCUAAUGCCAAAUGGGAGGCCAGGGGUGAACUGUUUUGGGACGACAGAGAGGGCAUCGAUACCAUAGAUGCCGGCAAAUAUAAUUUAUAUUCAUUCUCACAAUACGCCAAUUGUACCAUGAUACUUACUGUUAACAAGUCUGGAUAUACCGGUGCCGCACACCUUACUGUCCGCCAAGUGCUUGUACAAAGUACUGGUGUUAAAGAGCACGGUGUGGAGGCUAAGCUAGAUGUUGAUAUGCAAGUGAAUGAACAGCAAUGUAAAGAUAGGGGCUGUAUAUGGGACUCAAAGCCACGGCCCCCGGGAGUGCCCAUAUGUUAUUUAGACCCAAAACAAGUCGGCUAUAAAGUGCCCGCAGGUGUCAAGAAGACCGACACCGGACUGGAGGCCGAUCUCCACCUCAAAGAUACGGCCAAACGUACCCUCAAAUCCAUGUCAUCGAUAGAGAGCCUCAAGUUUUCGGUCAAAUAUAUGACUGAAAAUAUACUCCGGUUUUCGAUUAGAGAUCCGGCGGUCAAGCGAUACGAAGUUCCCGUUCAACAGGUGUUUAAUCUGAUGGACAGGACUGAGAGAGACGAGCAAAAGCGCAGGUAUGCCGUCGACGUCGGCACUGAUCUCAACGACUUUCAGUUCACUAUCACUCGGAAAGACACCAAAACUAAAAUUUUUGACACAUCGAUCGGUGGUUUAGUAUUUGCCGAUCAAUUCCUACAAUUGGCCACUAAUUUGGCCACAAAUAACGUCUACGGCUUCGGCGAGAAUGUGCACCAAAGCCUACGACACGAACUGAGUUACAAGACUUGGCCGAUGUUUACUCGGGGCCCACCGCUCGCCGAAAAUAAUCAUAAUGAAUACGGCGUUCACCCGUUUUAUACUGUACUGGAGUCAGAUGGCAAAGCCCAUGGCAUAUUGUUUCUCAACAGUAACUCUAUGGAGUACACACUAUUACCAGAGCCGGCCCUGUCUCUAAAAAGUCUCGGGGGUGUUUUGGACUUUUUCGUGUUUGUGGGCAAUAAUCCGGAGCACGUGAUACAAUUGUACACAUCAGUGGUCGGUAGGACAACAAUGCCUCCCUUCUGGGGUCUGGGGUAUCAACUGUGCCGAUACGGGUUCAAAACCACACAAAGUAUACGCGAAGUACUCGACAGGAAUAUCAAAGAGAAAGUACCUUUGGAUGUGAUGUAUUGCGACAUCGAUUACAUGGAUAGGUUCGAGGACUUUACUUACGACAAGAAAGCGUUCGCCGGCCUCCCGGAGCUGUUUCACGACAUGACCACCAAAAACAACAUCCAUUGGACUGUAAUCCUGGACCCUAUCAUUGAGGCCAAUAACCCAAACUACACGUCGUUUAACGAGGGCUACAAACAGGACGUGUUUAUCAAAUGGGCCAAAGAUGUGGCGGUGAAGGACCGACACAACCCGUCCGGAGUGCCCACCGAUAAGGACACCUAUUAUGGCCGGAUGUGGCCGUCAGGACCCGCCGGCUUUCCCGACUUUUUUAAAAAUCACACAAAUGGUGAUAAUGAAGAGUACUCUCAUUAUGACGUGCACUCGUUGUAUGGUUUAACCGAGCAGGUUGUUACACAAAAGGCGUUACAGACAACCACUGGUAAACGUGGGUUUGUAGUGUCCCGGAGUACAUACGUAACAUCGGGCCGAUACGGCGCCCACUGGUUGGGUGAUAACUACGCGCGAUGGCCGAUGAUGAAAUACUCGGUGAUUGGUAUGCUUGAGUUCAACAUGUUUGGCAUCAGUUUCGUUGGAUCGGAUAUAUGCGGCUUUAAUGAUAAUACAACGCCAGAGCUAUGCCGCCGGUGGUCAGCAUUGGGUGCUUUCUAUCCGUUCGCCCGCAACCACAACGAGAAGAGUGCCAUAGAUCAGGACCCGGCCGUAUGGGUGAGUAGAGGGCACCCGGAAGUGACUGAAGCGGCCCGCACUUCGCUGCAGCUCCGGUACCAACUCUUGCACUACUUGUAUACACUAUUCUACCGGAGCUAUGUCUACGGCGAUACAGUCGCCCGACCCCUGUUUCACGAGUGGCCUCAGGAUAACAAAACACAUCUCAUUGACACUCAGUUUAUGUGGGGCCGGGAUAUCCUUAUAUCCCCUUUCCUGUUA